AAUUCAACGCUUCCUGUACCUCUGCUUCUUUUGCUUUGUCCUACCGACGCCCCAGAAUCCUCUCUACAACUCUCUGUCGUAUGUGUGUGGCUAAGUUCUCAAUCUUUUUCUUCUUCUAGCUCAUACAUGUAUGCAAGCUAGCGUGGUACUCAAGCUAGGUUUCUUGGUACUUCAUAAUUUGGGAUGACCAUGGCUUGUGGUGAUCGUGGUAGCGACGACCUUAACGUGUCUGACUCAUUCAGUGCCCUUAAGCUUCGGCCCAUCUUUCCAGUCAGUGCCAGAAACACUGUCAUCUCUCCAAUAUUAUUCACCCCUCCUUAUCGUCAUUGCACUCAUUACACCAAUCUUUUCUCACUCAGUCUCCAAUAUCCAGGUUAUGUAAGGAGUGAACAAAUUAAAAGUAGGGCAUGUUUAAACAGGCAAUUACCAUUGGCAAGUUCACGAUGGAAUCCAACGGCGGAGCAGCUACUAGCCCUUGAGGAGUUGUAUCGUCGUGGAACACGAACGCCGACAGCUGAGCAAAUCCAGCAGAUCACAGCAUAUCUUAGACGGUUCGGUAAGAUUGAAGGGAAGAAUGUUUUCUACUGGUUUCAAAAUCACAAAGCCAGAGAGCGCCAGAAACGCCGGCGUGAAAUGGCAUCAGUACACUUACCAGAGCACCGACAUCAUGAUCAUAGUAAAAGUACUCUAGAUAACAAAGAAUCAGCAGGUUAUGAAGUUAACCACGCAAAGAAGAAGUCGGCACCUCUUUGUGAAUCUGGUAAUUCGAUGCAUAGAGCAGAAAGAAAGACGCAUGGGUGGGUUCAACAUUCGGAGAGAAUGGCGCAUCGCACGUGUCAAAGUAUAGAGAUGCCUUGUUCUCCUUCCAUCCAGACAUCAUCACACACAAAGCUCUCAAACAGUAGUGAUCAUUAUGGUAUCUUAAUGACGACACCCACCAAUUGCAAAGAAGGCGGCUUCUCCCACCUUGAGGAAUAUCGGAGAAGAGAAUCUAAAACUCUCAACCUCUUUCCGGCGCCGCAUGGUUAUGAUUGUGAUGCCAAUAGUUUCACCGGAGAGGACACAAAAGAGCUGCCGAUCACAGCUAGGGACCAAUUUUUUGAGUUUCUUCCUCUCAAGAACUGAAGAAAACAGCCAACAACCCAUAUGAUCAUGAUCAGAAACCGGUGUUAAUUAACCUGUGUUUGAGAGAUAUGCUUGGUUGGUUAGCUUGUUUGGGAACUGAUUAUUGUAUUUGUGUCUAUAUUUAUGGUGCAAGAAAAGGAUAUGGACAUGUGAGACGUUCCUGAACCCAAUGAGUCUGGACUCUGAUAAGGAGACUUCUUUAGUCUUUCAUGUCUAAUAAUGAUGCAUUUUUAUUAUCAAUAGAUGCUAUCUAGAUAAUGUAGUAGCAAUAGGCUAGGAUUAGAAUAAGACUCUUAUCUAUAC